AUGAGCGUCCAAUUGAUAAAAAGAGAAGAGGUCGAGCAAGCCGGCAAAACUUCGUCAAGAUUUAUUCUCAACGAGGAAGCGCUAGAAAAUGUCCUCAAAACUGCAAAAUCUCAAGAUAUGCCUCUUGCAGUUGUCUCGAUUGUCGGAGCAUUUCGCACUGGAAAAUCGUUUUUCCAAAGCGUCUUGUUCAAAUAUCUCGAGAAACUUGAAGCUGGAGAAGAUCCUUGGGAGGCAGAAGAGUUUAACAUCAAUGAUUGCUUCAAAUAUCGCGGCGGAAAAGAGCGCGAGACACAAGGAGUUUACUGCUCUUCCAAAAUUUUUACGGUGAAGACGAAGUCUCGAGAGGAAAUUGGCAUUCUUCUCAUCGAUACUGAAGGCGCAUUUGACCACGAGAACAACAUUAACGAUAGUGCGAUUAUAUUUUCUCUUUCCACCUUUCUUUCCAGCCUUCAACUUGCGAAUGUGAAAAACCAAAUUGAUGCGAACGACAUUGCAAAUCUUCAUCUUUUCACCGAAGUUGGACGGCUUGCUAUUAAAGACAAAGUGACAACAACGCCAUUUCAGAAUUUCAUUUUUACUAUUCGUGAUUAUUCGCUAGAGGAAAAAUUUGGCUUUGAAGAAGGACAAGAAAUGCUUAAUUCAAUCGUUCGAAAACAGAAGAAAGACAUUGAUUUUUCAGCGUCUUUCGAGAAAUUUCAAGCCUUCUGUCUCCCGAGCCCAGGAAAGAUGGGAAACUUUGAUGGCAACCUGAAAAUGCUUGAUCCUGAUUUCGUUGAAAAUAUUCAAUGUAUGAUCACUCAAGUCAUCGAGGAUAUUCCAGCAAAACGAAGUCUCUGUAACGAAGAACUGAAAGUUUCAGAGGUUCUUGAUUAUUUCAAGAGCUAUGCAAAAAUAUUUGAAGACGGUAAAAUGCCCGAAGUGAAGACAAUCGUAGCAACAAGCGCGGAAAACGACUUCAAAAGACAACUCGAUCAAGCAAAAAAGCAUGUGAUGAAUCUUAUCGAAGAAUAUUCUCAAGAAGAUUUUCUCGAUUUCCCAGCCAUUCAAGGACCGCUUUUUGAGAAAAAUUCCCAGCGAAAAUUCUUUCUUCCGGAAGAAUUUGAGGGUCGAUUCAGAGCAGAAAUCAAUGAGUUUUUGAUGCAAAAAGUCGACGAGAAACUCAGAGCGAUCAAAAAAUUUCAAGAUGGCGAGCUCGAAAAGGCAGAAGAUAAAUUCGAAAAGGAGAAGACAAAAGCGGAGAACUUCGAAACUUUGAAAGAGGAGAAAGAAAAGGCACUAGAGCAGGAAAAAACGGCGCAUCAGGAAACGAAAGAAAAUCUUGAACGUCUUCUUCAUGAGCGAAGCACCCGUGUGACAAGCCUUGAACAAACUGUUCAAGAGAAGAACUCACGAAUUUCAUCCAUCGAGUCGAGGGUUUCUAGUCUUGAGAGCACCGUUAGUCAGCGAGACUCGACUAUCAGAAAUUUGGAAAGCGAAAUGUACAAUAAAAAGUCGAAGAUUCAAAGUCUCGAAUACGAUGUCAGAAGCAAGAACUCAACGAUUUCAAGUCUUCAAAGCGAUGUUAAGAGCAAAAACUCAAAGAUCAGCAGCCUCGAAAGUUCGGUCAGCUCAAAGGCUUCUAGCGUCAGAAGUUUGGAGAGCAGUCUUUCAAGUGUUAAAUCUGACUUGUCAUCAGCGAGAUCGUUUUCCAGGGUCUUCUUUUCGGAUGCCGAAAGUUUGAGGGGCUUAGGCUUUUACUUUGGGUCGGAUGAAGGAUCGACGAGAAGUCCGCUCCCAAAUGGACAAUAUAACAAUGAUCGUUUAUCACACUCACUUAUAGCUGAAAAAGUUAAAAAUGGUCUUCGUCAAAUAAAUCUAAAAUUUCAUUGGGAGACGGGCUAUGACAAGACAAUCAAUGGGUUACGAAUCAGAGCUCCAAGGAAAGGAUCCGCAUCAUCUGGUGGUUCAACUUGGUAUCUCUAUAUAACAAACAGCAAUGGCUCUUCCAACUUUCGAGCGACUGCAGAAAACAUCAAUCCAACAACUGGAAGUUCUUCAAGUUUAACUUCCGAAAUUUACAGCUCUGGCGGAUCUGAGCAAGGUGUUUCAACUCCUAACAGAAAUGCUCCUGAUGGAGCCAAGGGAUAUAUACGCUGGAAUAUACAGUUUCUUUUCUAA